AUGCUCGACAUCGCAAAUGACAGCGCGCCAUCGGCCAAAUGCUACUUCACGCAUGCCAUGCUCGGCGAGCAUGUGAGCGAGAAGCAUCCGCCGACCAAGAAAAAACCUUUCAACACCAUCUUGGCUCAGCCUUUCUCACACACCGCUGAUUUGAUCCUGCCUGACGACGUCUGUGAAUCGAUACGACAAGAGCUGGACGGUGAUGCGGCCAAGUUUCACUAUGCCAGAGUUUACAUGUCGCUUGGCCAGAUCAUCGACGGCGACUUCUUCAACCACUACAUCAAGACUGGGAAUGUCUUGAUGAUUUCCGAAGGCCGCCGUAAAUUUGAUAAUGUCUUCUCGCUCCGUGAAGGCGUGUUGAGGCUGGAGCUCGAUCGCGUAACAUACGAACAAUGCGGUCUUGUGGGCAAGCCGAUCCCUCAUGGCGGCAGAAAGCACACCAAGGAACGAUUCGCCAUUGAGUUGGAGCUUCGCCAACCAUCCAUGCUGCACGGAAAAAAGGGCUUCGAGCGCAUUGUAUGGGCGUUCAAGAAUGUGUUAAACCACUCUCUCACAUGGCUCUUCCAUGAUGUCCAGAGCCCCCAUCAAUCUCCUUCAGGCCCGAUUCUGGCGCAUUCUCCGCAACUCCUCACGGCCCAGCCAGACUGCCUCAAACUACCCCAGGUCAAGGUUCCUGCGUUGACCUCUAGCGCUGACCUCUGCGACCCGGAGUACAGUACCGAGGUGCUGGAAUGGCUCGGGAUGGUCAGCCUGGAGUCGCCACGUAUCAACGCCAGCGACGACAUUGACAGCUUUCUGAGCCGCUACGAGGUGCCCAUGCCGUAUCGCUCAGAUGGCGACGCGGAUGUGCCAGCUACUGAGGAUUUGACCAGGCUGCGGUGGCGUGGCCUCAUCCCCCCGGCUUUCCUACUACGACUCUGGAUGACUGCGAGGAGGGGCGUUGCUGGUGGCAGCGUUGGGGCGCAACGGGCUUGGAUGGCGAUGACUGUCGCGGGUUUCGAGGGUGAGACGUACACCAUGCUCGGUAUCGGAUCGCGAGAUGUGCUGAGUUGGGAGUGCAAAUGA